AUGGCCGAGCGGUCUAUGACGUCGGACUUUGGGUCCGACUUAGAGGUAGCGCAGGUUCAAAUUCUGCCUGUGACCGUUGAACUUUUUAUCACAACCUCCAAACUUGUACUGUAUCGACUCUCCUCCUUAUUCAGUUUGAUAGAAUCCUCGCACAGGCGGCCGCAAGAUGGCGGCGGCGGCGGUGCUAUGACAGCCACGAGCAAGGCAGCUGCCCGCCCAGCCACUGCCUGCCUGAUAUCGUCGCCGUCCCGUCAACUCUUCUGUUAUUAUAUGUGCGUGUGGUUCCAGAACCGUAGGGCCAAGUGGAGAAAGAAGGAGCGACACCAAGAAGGGAGACCAGGGAAAGGGCCUUGCCCACAACGGCUCACCCUGGUCACCUGCUCUCCGGAGAGCCAAUCCCCUGCCGAGGAACUGAGGCGGAAAGAGAUUGAGAGGCGGCAGAAGAAAACUAUUGAAGAGUCUGGAAUCGUCCCCCAGCAGCGCAAGCUGGCCGCCAAGGGGGUUAACGUGGACCUGGAGACUUUAAGGAGGGAGGAAGUCGAAGGACCUGCAAUAGUACCCAAGGGGGUGACCCAGAGCCUCCUGGACUCCUCCAGCUGCUGCAGCAACUCCAGUACAACCCGCGACAUCGAAAUCGAUGUGGUCGGUGACGAGGAGGCAGACUUCCGUCCAUCCCUCCAAGGAUUGGGGGCCACCACCGUAGAUAAGACCAGGAGGACUGAAAACCCCUUCAGCAUAGAGAGUUUGCUGAGUAUGGGUGCCACCCUACCGUCCUCCCAACAGUCACCUUUACCGCCCUUGCCGUCUUUGCCGUCUCUGCCGCCCCCCGCCCCCGCAGUUGUGAAGGUGGCACGUCCGCCGACCCAAGGGGAUUCUAGGACUAGUAGGGAACAAUUCUUGUGAAUAUCCAUCAAAUGGGGACGUUCCGAUAGGAUUGUGAUACAAAUAGCAACAGUGUGCUAGACGGAUUGUGAUAUAGGACCUCUCAGGGACCUCGGGAACGAAGUUAUAGUUUUGAAAAUGUGAAAUGUUUUAAGCCUCAAACGAUUCUUUUGUAUGCUACUGUUUAUUAUAAAGCUAUAUGUUUAUUUUUUGUUAUUAUAAAUACAGUCCUAAAUAAAUUGUAUUGUUAAAAAUAGGACCAGCCGUGAGAGAAUGUUUAGUUUAAGCAACAAAAUAAUAUAUAUCAUAAAAAUUAAAAAAAAACUCAAUCAUGUACAUUUUAAUAUUCAAAGCUUAUGGAAUUUAAAAGUUUUUUGAUUUGUCAGAUUUAAUAAAGUGUCUUGUAUUAGUUAAUCAGUUUACUCAUUAAACUGUACUUACAAUAUUUUUGUUUACCAACGAAACUUCAUCUUAUAUAUAAUUUAUAUAUAUAUAUAAAAUGAGUCUUUUAACGUAAAUUACUAUAAUUUUAUUGGAGACUAAUAAGUAAUAAACAAUACAUACACUGCUAUUUACACCGAGGCAUUAUAUAACAGAAGUGAAUGGAAUUAAUCGUUAAGAGCACAUUUUCAAACAUAACUUAGUUGUCCACCGACAGAGAGAGCUUGUAAACUGAACUGCACAGUGUGGAAAGUUCCAAGUUUUGUGUUUCUCGUGGGACGGGUUAGGACAUGUUGUGAUUGUUAUUUAUUGUUUAUCUACGUUAAACAACGUGUACAGUCGGUAUAUCAUCAUAAAUGUGUACAGUAAAUGUAUGUAUUGUUCAUAUAAAUAGUUGGAGUGAACCCUAGGGUCGUUCAUUUGUGAUCAUGUAUUACUGUUUACAACCAAGAGUGAUGUUAUUUGUAUUUCAUUUGGUUUUUUUUAAGAUUAAUAUACUUCAAUUUGAUUAAAUUUUUUGUACAGCACAGCAUGGGCCAAAAUUCUUCCCACGCCAGUGUGAAACUAAUUAAACCAUGGUGCUAUUGCUUUAUUAACAAUAAUAAAAUUUGAAAAAUACUUUUCUGUUAUAAUAAAAAAAAUUAAGUAUGGGUAAUUUUCUAUCUACAUAAUUAAUAAUGGAUUGAACACAAGAUUUACUGACGAUAUUAUUAUUGAUUAGCAAUGUAAUAAUAAUAUCAACAAUCUUCAUUAUCGUAUUAAUCUAUAACAUAUCAUAUGUUUUCCUUUUGCUUCAUUGUAAUGUCACGCUAAGACGUUUUAGUUUUAUAUAAAAGAUCUUGAAAUGUAUUAUUGUAUAAUUUAUCUAAAUUUUAAAUAAUUAGAAAUUAAAAUAUAUUUGUUUACGGAUGAUGGUAAUUUGACCGAUACGAAUGCCGGGCACAUAAUCACUAGGUAUACUAUAAACUUAGUCUGACACCACAUAGUUUAGAAAUAAACAACCAAUAGCAUAUCCAUGUAACGAUGCUCAACGUACAAUAGUUUUGUUGGGCAGACGCAUCCAUACGGUCAUUUAUCGACCUAUCGGAAUUUUUAUUCCUCAAUGUAAAAAAACAUUUAGACUGACUGAACUACAUUUAGUAUUUGAUCACAACAAUGUUCCGUUUGUAAUUAGUAUUGUUAAUAGCUAACCGUACGUUCAAGAAAUAAAUAUUUAUUCCGGUAGUAUUAUUAUAAAUGUGUCUAA